AUGAGGCUAUCCGUUUUAAGUUUCUUGCUUAUCAGAACUUUAGCUUCUCUAUCUGCGUUUACUUAUUUAUUAUAUUUUAAAUUAUUUCCUUUUUCAGGAGGAUGAUUUAAGUAUGCUUCGGCCAACCUUUUAAAUCUCAAUAGGAAUAAUAUUAGCAGCCAUCCUAACCAGCAGGUAUUUCCAGAAACGCACCAAAAUGUUCAGAAAAUAAAUUAGUCCCUUUUGGCCCUGCUCAAGCCUAGCUACAUGCGUUUUAUGCCUAAGGCCACCCUCUUUGGUUAUGCAAGGAAGUAAAACGAGCAUGUUUCCAUUUGGUUUUAGCUACGACUUGCCCUUUGCGGUAAUUCAUAUUGGCAUUAUGGAUAAUGGUCAACGUGGAAAACUGAGCUCUAAAAAAUAAAUAGUGGAAGAGGAAUAGUUCUCGAAUAGAGAAUAUUUUGUGCAUAGCCAGUUUAUAAUUAUUAUUUAGCUUCUCUAUCAAUUGAAAGAAUCCCUUCUACUAACCCUCCUCCUGUUCCGAGAAUCUACCCUUUGAUGAAUUCUUUUCCAAGCUUGAACUUGAUCAGUGUGUUUGGAGGCUAUUACCAACUAGACAGCGAAUAUAAUGAUCUCUGGGUUUUUAAUGUAACAACAAGCCUAUGGAGACGACUCGCAGCAGCUGAUGAUGUUUACCCUGGUAUUAUUUAUUAAGCUUCUCGUUAUAACGGCGGCUCAUUUGCCGAUCUCUCUGCAAAUAUCCUGUAUAGAAGUUUCCUAUGUUUGGCGCUGUAAGGCCGAUAAAUUUCUGAUCGGAAUUUAUCGGUUGGUGGCACCAAAUCAAUGCCUUGGUCGGACCAAAAAGCGAUUUGGUCCGACGAACUUGGAAAGCUCCUGGGAAAUGUCUGCGCUUUCAGCGCUAUAUAGAGGAAACCUCUAUAUGUAUUCGGCGGGAUGACAGAAUCUGGACUCUUGAAUGACUUGUGGAGUUUUCAAAUGGAAAGCUGUAUGUGGAAUAAAAUCAUCACGUCUGGUGAUAUUCCCUACCCAAGGUCCAGAUUUGCUUACACUUCUUAUAUUAGUGGCGGGGUUCUUUUUUUUGCUGUUUUUGGAGGACUAACUUCUAUCGAAUCUGAUAAUGAACUUUUCACGUAACCUUUAUCACAGACUUGAUACUUCUAAAUGAGUCUGAACGAACCUUCCAAAGCAAGGAGUCGUUCCACAAAAAGCAUUAGGAGCUUCAUUAUUUUAUUAUGAAGGAUUUUUAUUUUUAGCAGCUGGGGAAGCUAUUUAUGAUGGGUAUCCUUAUGCACAAGCAUUUUAUAAAUAUGAUCUUACUCUCCCUUGAAAUUGAUACAAAAAGAUCUUGCUCCAAUUUAAAGGAUGCUAAUUUUUUUUUAUAAAACAUUUGGAUUUAAAGUUUUAAAUAUUAAAAAAAUAUAUAAUUGAGUUUGAAUUUAAUUAAUUUUUAUGAAGAAAUAAAUAGCACUUUUACUAUGAAAUAGGUCAAAAUUCAUUUUAUGAAAUUAUUUAAAUUUUAUUUAAAAAUAAACUAAUUUUUUAAAAAUUAUUUUCAAUGUUAAAUUUUCCUAUAAAACAAAUUGUUCCGAUUUAAAGGGGUUAAAAUACCCAAAAAUGGAAAAUUUACCGAUAUUUUAUUCAAAUUUAAGGGGGAGUUAGCAGCUUAGAGUGGACUAAUAUCACCUCAGUCCAAACUUAUACUUCAAGAAUGCUCCAAGGAAGCAUUUUAUUUGAUAAGGCUGCCUUCUUACUUAUAUCCAGGACGCAUUAUAGAUCGUUCUGGGCUAUGAUUUGACGCUUCAACUCUUGGAGUAGUUUUGUCCCAGAAGUUGCUAAGCCAGCUCCAUGAUUUGGCAAAAUACUAACUGUAGGCGUACUUCCCAGCUCAUUGAGUUGGUUUAACAGCUUCUGGAUAAAACCAACUCCACGAUGAAGCGUCAAGUCAUAGCCCAGAACGAUCUAUAAUACGUCCUGGGCUAUACUGGCUGGUCAAGCAAAUUGAAUAAUGUGAGUGAAGACUGAUACAUGGUCAAUUUAACGAGCACAGAUUAUAACUGAGUCAAAAUACCAGUUACUUCUAACUCCUCUCAAGACUAUACAUCUAUUUAUAAUUAUGGGCUUACUCUUUACAAUUCGCAGCUCUAUUCAUUUGGUGGGAUUUCUAAUUCGAACACUCUAAAUUGUCUGCUUGUUUUUGAUUUGUCGAAAUCACCUAUUACUUAUAAUUUUUACCCUAAUGAUAUCUCCCCAAGUCCAAGAAUGUACCACUCUAUGCAAAAUGUCGGAAAAUAUUUGCUUUUAUUUGGAGGUAGAGCUGAUAACAGCGCACUUUUGAGCGAUUUGUGGGCCUAUGAUACCAGUCUGGAGAGCUGACAUAUUAUUCAAGCAACAGGAUCUAUUCCUUCUGCUAGAUAUGGGCAUGGAUCGUCUUCAUAUGCAGACACUAUGGCUGUGUGAGGAGGACAAAACGAUGACGGCUACCUAAACGACGGCUUCAUUUUUGACGCAACAACAAGCUCUUGGAGCUCUUUACCGACCUCUGAAAAUUCUCCAUCUCCAAGAAAAGGAGCAUGCAUCAUUUUGCAUGAGACCUCAUUGAUGAUAUUUGGAGGAGUGACAAACUCUGGCCUCUCAGACGAAUUUUGGACUUAUGACUUGGUCACAAGUACUUAUACACUCAUAGACUCUCAAAAUUCAGGCGGUCCGGGGCCUCUUGCAUAUUGUUCUUGCCGAGUUUCAACAACAUCUAAUGACAUCGUUUAUAUAAUGUACGGAGAAGGAGACUCUGAGAUGCCACUGAAUGAAUUUUACAGUAUUAAUAUUACAAACAGCACAUGAAGGAAAUAUUAUGAUGAUCGAGCUGAUUUGUCAUGAAGCAGAAAAGGUACCUUUGCUUUUAAACUGAAAAGUAGGGUUAUUGUGGCAGGAGGUGAGUCCAAUAACUUUGUGCCAAAAUCAGAAAUUUUUUAUUUUAACACAUCUUCGGCUGAUCAUACACAGAUUGGGAAUUUGCCAAAUUUCAUCUUCGCAGCUGCUUAUUCCUACUUCCAAAAUUAUAUAUAUAUUCACGGAGGGGCUUCUACUCUAGGCCAAAUUCUCAGGCAUGAGGUACCUACAAAUCGAUUUUUUAAAAUAGAUUUAAUGUCUGACUGUGAAGAAAUUUCAGAAUGCUAUUGGAAAUGCAGCCCAGGGUCAAUGAGAACUUCUUCAUGUGAAAUCUGUCCUCCAGGGACUUAUUCAGAUGUCUAUGAUUCAACAACCUGCCAAAAAUGUGAUGCUGGUAAAUACAAUCCAAACUAUGGGGCAAGCACAAACGGCAUGUGUUAUCCUUGUGAGGAAAAUACAUAUAGUCGCAAGCCAGGAGCUGCUUAUUGCUUAGAUUGCCCAGGAGGGGCUACAUGCAUACCUGGUAGCAGCAGCUACUCAGUUCAGGAAAAUUCCUAUCAGGAUGAUUCAGUUCAGCCAUCUAUAUUUCAAGGAAACAACGGUGAGUAUAGAAAAUACACUCUCAUCACACAAUUAACUAUUGGCCUUAUUGGACUAGCCCUAAUUGUUGUUUUGCUUAUUCUGAACCAAAAAAAGAAAUUUUUGAUCUCUAUUGAUUUAUACUCGGCAAGUCAUAACCACUUUGUCAACCAGGUCAUGUAUCUAAAGCAAUCUUCUUUAGGGGGCAUUUUUUCUAUUGUUUUUAUGGUGCUGGCUGUUAUGAUUAUUUGCAAUGGAAUUGCAGGUUACAUUGUCAAUAAUGUCGUUGAGGUAAAAAGCUUGGUUCCUUUAGUGGUUCUUGAGAAUGAAGUAUCAAGGGUAAGCAAUACUUAGUUCGAAUCAAAUUUAACCAUAGUCGCGAUAUUACUUAAUUAUGGAGGAGCCUGCCUUGUCAAUGAUACCUGCUCGCCAGAGAUAGCUUACUCCAUAUCAAAUGUCGAUGGAGUUUGAAGCAGCUUUAGCUGCAAAUUUUAUAAUAGCGACUGUUUUACAGAACUCUCAUGCAGUCGCUGCACUAUAAAUAGCCAAGCAACUAUUUCAUACGCAAUGAAUAAUUACAUAGGAUAUACUUCGGGAUUUUUAACUAACUCCUUUAAAUUUUUAAUUUUUAAGGGUAAAAAUACUAGCCUUUUUUAAAUUGAGGGAGAGCAACUAGAAUACUAUUUAGCAAUUGAUAUAAUGAAUUGAUUAUUUUGGUAUAUUAAUCAUAAAAAUAAAUUAAAAUUCAAAAAAUAUUGUUAUUUUUAUUAUGAAAAUUUUAUAUUUAUCUAUUUCCAAAAACUCCCUUGAAACUGGAACAGAUUUUUUUUCGCUUCAAUUUAGCCUGGUGGAGUAAUGUAACUUCGACAUCAUCUAUUCCAAGUCAAAGCAGCAGCUACUCAACAUAUAUUUUGCCUGACAGCAACCGUAUCUUUUUGGGCUCAAAGCCCUCAAUAGCAUAUUAUACCAUGAUUCCUUCAGUAUAGCUUAUUUAGUACUAUAGAAAAUUUCAAAACGAUGAGACCUAUACAGGCUAUCAUUCAACUCUUGAAUCAAGCUCAGUGAAAGGCUCUCAAUUUCGCACCUAUGAGUAAGUCAAAUUUAGAACUGGAUUGGCCAGCAAUUCUUAUUUAGAUAUUGUUCUUACUGUGAGCUCUAAUGGCUUAUAUACUACCAGAGACAACAUUCAGUCAUUUGGUAUCUUUAUUAGCACACUUCUGGGCUCAGUUUUUGGAAUAAUGAGCAGUGUUGGUGCAAUAAUGAAAAUCCUUGAAAGCUACUGGCUCACAUAUGAACAGAAGAAAAACAGCAAAGAAAAAUUUUCAAAUAUUGCUGAAAGUGGAUCCAUAAAUAAAAUGGCAUUCGGCUCGAGCGAAAUUAGCUGCUAAUUUUCUUUCCCUCAUGGAAUUUUAUUCAUGGGGUUAGGUUUUCUUCUGAGAACUUCUGUGCAGCAAUAGCAGUUUAACUCUGGCGGAUAAGCUGAGGCACUGCUCCAAGUGCAUCAAGAGUCUCGAAGUGUUACUUGUUAGUAGACCCGAGAAGAUCGACCCUUAGGCGGAACAUGAGCAGGAGCUGAGUCAAAGGAGCGAGGCAAUGCAGCCCGUCGAAGCAGGAAAGUUGUAUUUGCCCGUGCUCUGGUGCAACUAAGUGGAUCGAUCCAGAGGUUCACGGUCCCGAUACGUGCAAAAGUAUGGUGGCAGCUCUGGAAACGUCUACCCCAUAGUGGACGUUAAACGAUAUAAAUCUAAUGCUAAUGUUGAAAGUGGAUCCUUAAGCUACCGAUAGUAUAAAAUGGCUUCUUGGAAUAGUUCUCUCCAAGAACUAACAUUCUUCAUCCUAUUUUCUUACUAUGAGGUUUGGUUUUCUAGCGAAUAUACUGGGCAAGCGACUCUGAAAGGACACAGCCUGGGAUUUAAUCCUUGGAUUUUUAGGAGGCAAAAGGUUUUUAACACUUUAUCUCUUGGCCGAGCAAGAAACCAUAGGUGGAGCGUACGCAGAAGCUAAUUAAUAGCAAGUUCAGCACGGCUCGGGAAGCAAUCAGAAUCUGACGAAUGAAGUCUAGUUGAAAAUUUUGUGCAUCAAGUAAAGAUGCCUAUGACUCACGAGUUGGGCGAAUAAGAGUAUGAAUAGCGUCCCUUACUCUGAGGGGUCAGCGACACGUAAUAAACCAUAUAUUAAUUGAAUAGAUCCUUAAGCUAUCAAAGUUGUCAACAUCCAUCAUCAAAAAGGGAAACUUGUAACAUUAUAAAAGAUGACAACGCUACAAUUGAAAAGUUCUGGCCAGAUCAGGAGCAGUUUAUUUAG